AUGGCUACAGGAUUAGGUUUCGAUUGUGGAUAUUUCGAUGUCAUCUCGAUACGUUCUUCGGGUGGUUACGUGGCAGGAGUAUGCAUUCCCGAAUGGGAUAGGACCCUUACCGGAGGCAUAAGGAAUUAUGGACAGAAGGUGGAUACAGAACCCGAACAGAUAAGCAGACGAAUACUUGGAUGGAAUCGAGGAUUUUAUUGA